AGGCUACGCCGGUUUGAUAUACCUCAUCGGUGGCAGGCUCGGACUGCGAUUCGGAAACCCCAAACCUCUCCUCUCUCUCUCCCACAAACUCGCUCGCAUUAGCAGUAUGUGUUAGCCGUUACAACCUUCGCCCUUCAAACUGUAAAUUGUUAGGGUAAUCAGCUGCUGUCCAUGGGGAGCACUGUCCCGCUGGAGCACUACAAUUUGACCUCCGCCGCCGCCGCCAAUUCAUACAUCGAGACCUCCCUGAACGACGACGUCAAUGACCCCGCCGCGGAGGACGUCACCGAUGACAACGACCGUUCAUCUGCUGUAGUCAGUGAUUGCAUGCACGAGCCGUACCAGAGCUCCUUACCACUUCACAGCAUUGGUAUAGAGGAUGAUAGGGGGAGUCUUGAAAACAAUGGAUCCUCAACUGGACCAUACCCCCUUUUGACGAUUGAUGAUGUCUCGCCAAUAGAAACAGCUAGAGCAAGGUUCCUGGACAUCAUUGUAGAUCAUUUUAUUGAUACUCAUGUGAUUGAAAUGUCGGAUUACGAUGCUGAUUACAUGGCACAACAAUCCUCCCAAGACCACUCAAACAAGAGGAAGUCCCGGGAGAUCAGAUAUGAAGGCGAUGCCCGCUAUGCUUUACCCUUAAUGUAUGUUGCUAAUAUGUACGAAACCUUGGUCAAUGAAGUUAACAUGAGAUUAUCAUCAAUGGGUGGUAUGCGUGAAAAGACAAUUGGCGUGGCCCUUGAAGCCGCUGGUGGAUUGUAUAGAAAGCUCGCGAAGAAAUUUCCAAGAAAAGGUUCUUGUGUGUUUAAAAGACGGGAGUUAGCGACUUCUUUUGAAACAAGAUCAAAGUUUCCUGAGUUAGUAAUACAAGAGGAAAAGCGUGUUCGUUUUGUGGUGGUAAAUGGCUUGGUUAUCAUUGAAAAACCAACAAAGAUGGAUAUGGAUGAUGCUGAGUGGUUCAAAAGAUUAACCGGACGAAAUGAAGUUGCUGUUUCUGCUAGAGACUACAAGUUCUAUGCUCCAAGACACAAGUAUAGGCGUGUCGUGUCAAACUCCAUCUCAAACAUGCCCGGUCUGCCUGCAUUCUCUAGUCCUGAAAAUUCUUCUUCUAUGGCAACUUCUCAAGGCUAUCACCCACCAAAUGAAACACUGGGGCAUCAGUCUCAAUUCCAUCCUUUGCAUCACCAAAGUCCCCAAUUCAUGCAACCACCUCAGCUGCCCGAAAUUCCUCACAGCCAGCAGCCAGCAUCCAUCUCACACCACCAUAUUGCCUGUUUACAGUCUCUUGGUCAUGUUGGGGGUCGUCUUCAUGUUACGCCAAUGAGUCCUGCAAAGUUCUGUGAUGAAUGUGGUGUUCCUUACCUUAGGGAAACUUCAAAAUUCUGCUCAGAAUGUGGUACCAAGAGGUUGGGGACCUGACCGAAUAGCCGUUCCCCAAAUUGUCAAUAUGUAUAUUCCCUUUUUCCUAUAUUUUUAGGAGGAUUGAACGUCUGUUAGUUAGAUAUCCUCCAAAAUGUGUAAUUUUAAUGACAUAAUUCAUAAUUCAAGUUAUGUUGUUUGGACUAUUCUGCAUUUUGGGUCUUUGUAAACACAGUAAACAUGGAGAGGAAAUCCAGAAGCAGAGACAAAAUGAAAUUCUUAAAGGAAUAGUGGCACAAUGGAUGAGCCUUUUGGCCCUUUUCUAUUUUAAUCUCUGAUUAAGAAAAGUCAUGUGCCACAUGGGGCAAUAGACAAGUCUAAAUUAAGCUCAACUAAUUCCUCAGAAAAAUUAGACUUGGAAUUUGAAGAAGAAACUGUCUCGCUAAUCUCACUGUUGGACACAUUAGUUUUUUGGGAGGAAGGAUAAUUUUGCAAUGCCAAAGACAGAGAUAGAGACAGCUGACAACCAUCAACUUCCUUCUCAUUGACUGAGUCCAGCCCAAGAUUUUUUAUCUCCUGCCACAAAAAAGUCAGAGUAUGGCAGUGCAGUGGCAGGAGAAGGGUUUUCAAUUUCUUGAGGAUUUGGUUGAAUGUGCACUUCCAAAACCCUCUUUUUUUCUUCUUCUUCUUUUU